CACGGCAUUUCAAUAUUAUCAAUAUAUGCAAAUAUGUACUUUUUUAUGAGGAAAGCAUUUUAAUUACUAUUGAAAAGAGGAAAACCUUCGAUCUCACAGACAAGCAGAGUUGGUUGGUGCUCUUUUCGCCCGCUGAUCAUUCUUGUGCUUCCUGUCGAAACAAGGUUUCAGAUCGGCAACAACGACCGCAUAAAUGCCUCUCUCUUUAUCUCUCUUUCUUUUUUCUCCACAAGUAAAUUAGAUUAGAGAAAAUGUGUUACAGGAUCUAAACAUUCCCAGAUUUUCCCGAGAAAGUUAGUCGCUGAUUUCCGACUAGACAAACAAGGAACAAAAAGGGAAAAAAAAAAAAUGUUGCGGUUAAAAGCAUUCAGACCCAGCAACGAGAAGAUCGUGAAGAUUCAGUUGCAUCCUACGCAUCCAUGGAUGGUCACCGCAGAUGCCUCAGAUCACGUUUCCGUUUGGAAUUGGGAACAUCGGCAGGUGAUUUACGAGCUCAAAGCCGGCGGGGUUGACCAGAGGCGUUUGGUCGGUGCCAAGUUGGAGAAGCUUGCCGAAGGCGAAUCAGAGCCUAAAGGGAAGCCUACAGAAGCCAUGCGUGGAGGCAGUGUUAAGCAGGUGAGCUUCUAUGAUGAUGAUGUACGCUUUUGGCAACUAUGGCGCAAUCGCUCUGCAGCAGCUGAGGCUCCAUCAGCUGUCAAUCAAGUCACAUCAGCUUUUAGUUCUCCUGCACCAUCAACAAAAGGAAGGCAUUUUCUUGUCAUCUGCUGUGAAAAUAAAGCCAUUUUUUUGGACUUGGUGACAAUGCGUGGCCGUGAUGUACCAAAGCAGGAGCUGGACAACAGAUCCCUUCUAUGUAUGGAGUUCCUUUCUAGAUCUGUCUCAGGGGAUGUUCCUCUUGUUGCAUUUGGUGGAUCAGAUGGUGUUAUUAGAGUACUAUCAAUGAUGACGUGGAAGCUUGUUCGAAGGUACACUGGAGGUCAUAAAGGUUCAAUUUCUUGUUUGAUGACAUUCGUGGCAUCGUCUGGUGAGGCACUUCUGGUUUCUGGAGCUAGUGAUGGAUUGCUUGUAGUUUGGAGUGCUGAUCAUGGUCAAGAGUCAAGAGAACUUGUACCCAAGCUAAGCUUAAAGGCACAUGAUGGUGGUGUUGUUGCUGUUGAACUUUCUAGAGUGAUUGGAGGUGCUCCUCAGCUAAUUACAAUUGGUGCUGACAAGACGUUAGCUAUUUGGGACACAAUUUCUUUUAAGGAACUGCGACGUAUUAAGCCUGUUUCAAAGAUGGCUUGUCACAGUGUAGCAUCAUGGUGCCACCCUCGAGCUCCAAGCCUUGAUAUUUUAACUUGUGUCAAAGAUUCCCAUAUAUGGGCUAUUGAACACCCCACUUACUCAGCUCUAACAAGGCCAUUGUGUGAACUUUCCUCUCUACUCCCUCCACAUGUAGUCGCACCCCACAAGAAAAUUAGGGUUUAUUGUAUGGUAGCUCAUCCUUUGCAGCCUCACCUUGUUGCCACUGGAACCAAUAUUGGGGUUAUCAUCAGUGAGUUUGACCCUCGAUCUCUUCCAGCUGUUGCUGCCUUACCAACACCAUCAGGAAGCCGAGAGCAUUCUGCUGUCUUUGUGGUUGAAAGGGAACUAAAACUACUCAAUUUUCAGUUAUCACAGACGGCAAAUCCUUCUCUUGGAAACAAUGGCUCCUUAUCAGAAACCGGAAGGCUUCGAGGAGACAUGCUUGAACAAUUACAUGUUAAGCAGAUAAAAAAGCACAUCAGUACACCUGUUCCACAUGAUUCAUAUUCAGUUCUUUCUGUAAGCAGUUCGGGAAAGUAUCUUGCAAUCGUGUGGCCUGAUAUACCUUACUUCUCGGUUUACAAGGUUAGUGACUGGUCCAUAGUUGAUUCAGGCAGUGCAAGGCUUCUUGCAUGGGAUACAUGCCGCGAUAGGUUUGCCAUAUUGGAAUCUGCAUUACCUGUUAGAAUUCCUGUAAUUCCUAAGGGUGGCUCAUCUAGAAAAGCAAAAGAAGCGGCUGCUGCUGCAGCACAAGCUGCAGCAGCUGCUGCUUCUGCUGCUUCUGCAGCCAAUGUUCAAGUUCGUAUCCUGCUGGAUGAUGGGACAUCAAAUAUAUUCACAACAUCAAUUGGUGGUCGCAGUGAUCCAGUCAUUGGUUUGCAUGGGGGUGCUUUACUUGGUGUUAGCUACCGAACAUCACGAAGAGUUAGCCCUAUUGCGGCAACAGCUAUUUCCACAAUUCAGUCUAUGCCUUUAUCGGGAUUUGGAAGCAGUGGUCUUUCCUCUUUUGCUACCUUUGACGAUGGAUUUUCUUCCAAUAGAUCCCCAACAGAAGCGGCAUCGAUGAACUUUCAGCUAUACAGUUGGGAAACUUCUCAACCCAUUGGAGGUCUUCUUCCUCAGCCAGAAUGGACAGCAUGGGAUGAAACUGUUGAGUAUUGUGCUUUUGCAUAUCAAAAAUAUAUUGUCAUAUCUUCUUUGCGGCCUCAAUAUAGAUACUUGGGUGAUGUUGCAAUUCCCUAUGCUACUGGAGGUGUUUGGCAUCGACGGCAACUAUUUGUGGCUACACCUACUACAAUUGAAUGUGUUUUCGUUGAUGCUGGAGUUCAACCUAUUGAUAUCGAAACAAAAAGGAUGAAAGAGGAGAUGAAACUGAAAGAGGUGCAAGCGAGAGCUGUUGCUGAGCAUGGUGAAUUGGCAUUGAUCUCGGUAGAAGGUCCCCAAACUGCUACUCAAGAAAGGAUAGCAUUCAGGCCUCCAAUGUUGCAGGUGGUCCGUUUAGCUUCAUUUCAGCAUGCUCCUUCCGUGCCACCUUUCUUAACAUUGCCAAAACAAUCUAAAGUUGAUGGAGAUGAUACAACUACGCACAAAGAGUUGCUGCAAAAAGAGAUUGACGAAAGAAAGAUCAACGAGGUCGCUGUUGGUGGAGGAGGAGUAUCUGUGGCAGUUACUCGUUUUCCAACAGAGCAAAAACGACCUGUGGGACCUCUUGUUGUGGUCGGUGUCAGAGAUGGUGUUCUUUGGCUAAUAGAUAGGUACAUGUGUGCCCAUGCACUAUCCCUAAGCCAUCCUGGUAUUCGUUGUAGAUGUCUUGCUGCAUAUGGAGAUGCUGUUAGUGCUGUCAAAUGGGCGAGUAGACUUGACAGAGAACAUCAUGAUGAUCUAGCACAAUUUAUGCUAGGGAUGGGUUAUGCUACUGAAGCACUUCAUUUGCCUGGGAUAUCUAAAAGGUUGGAGUUUGAUCUGGCCAUGCAAAGCAAUGAUUUGAAAAGAGCUCUUCAGUGCCUUCUUACCAUGAGCAAUAGUAGGGACUUGGGGCAAGAUAGCCCUGGGCUUGAUUUGAUUGACAUUCUUAAUGUAGCAGCUAAAAAGGAAAACAUGGUGGAAGCUGUACAAGGAAUAGUGAAAUUUGCUAAAGAGUUUUUAGAUCUUAUUGAUGCGGCAGAUGCUACUGGACAAGCUGAGAUCGCUCGUGAAGCUCUCAAGAGAUUAGCUGCUGCUGGUUCUAUAAAAGGAACUUUACGGGGUCAUGAGUUGAGAGGUUUAGCUCUGCGCCUCGCAAAUCAUGGAGAGCUGACACGGCUUAGUGGUUUAGUAAACAAUUUGAUCUCAAUUGGCUUGGGAAGAGAAGCAGCAUUUUCAGCUGCAGUUUUGGGAGACAAUGCCCUUAUGGAGAAGGCAUGGCAGGAAACUGGGAUGCUUGCUGAGGCUGUUCUUCAUGCUCAUGCCCACGGACGACCAACAUUGAGAAACUUGGUUCAAGCUUGGAACAAAAUGCUACAGAAGGAGGUUGAGCACACACCAUUGGAAAAGAUGGAUGCUGCAGCUGCAUUUUUGGCUUCCCUUGAGGAACCAAAACUUACUAGUCUGGCAGAAGCAGGCAAGAAGCCACCAAUAGAAAUCUUACCCCCAGGAAUGCCAUCUCUUACAGGUCCUAUAUCUAUUAAAAAACCACCUGCUCCCGCAACACAGAGCUUGGAGCAACAACCUGGCAAGCCAAUGCUAUUAGAAGCAGCUCCUGCUGGCACAGGAGAACCAGCAAAUGCACCUCCUACUGCCACAGGAGAACCAGCAAAUGCACCUCCUGCCACAGAAACACCAGCACCAUCAAAUGCAUCUGAAACUAGUACAAGUGAGCAACCCCAAUCAGAAUCUGGACAACCCCAAUCGGAAUCUGGCGAACCUACUUCAGUUAAUCAGCCUUCUGUUUCAACAUCUGAGAGUAAUCAAGAACAAGCUGCACCAGGAGAAAGUACCCCACAACCUUCAGAGGCAAUUACUGUAUCAACAUUGGAGGCAAAUAAUGUGACAACUUUGGAGCCAAGCGAUGUGGCAAGAUCAGAGGCUCCACCCCAGGCACCAGAGAUUCCAAGUGCAAUGCCAACAGAUCACCCAGCUGCUUGAAUUUGGAACCCGUGUGGCCACUGCCAACUUAUUGUUUUUGCUAUUAGCAUAAUUUCAUAUGCCAACAGAUUACCCAGUUGCUUGAACUAGGAACCCUUGUGAGUGCUGCCAACGUAUUGUGUCUUUGCCAAUAGCAUAAUUUCACAUAGGGAUUCAUCAGUUAUAGCUCCAUUACCUUUGCGGCAAAGGGAAACACGCUGUGUCUAUUGAAGAGGGGGAGCGAUUUUGCGAGAGUGGCAAAUAUGUUUAUAGUUCUGAUUCUUAGGUUUACUGUAUGUCUGUAUGUUGCUCUUAUGAUGCUUUGGUCCUUUGUAUUUUUUGUAAAAGCUCCAUUCCAUUAUAUUUUUUGUUGUCAUUUUCUCUGUUAGCUCCUAUUCUUUAUUUCCUUUAUUUAAUACAUAUUUGUAUUUUUUUAAAAAUAUUUGAGCUAUUUAGCCUGAUCACGGGAAUGACUGGUUGAAUUGCA